UAACAAUGAAGAAAACCAAGGAAAAGGGAACGCAGGUUUAUAGGAGGAGGAAGCCCGUGACAUCAACGCCAGUGAAGAGGCAUUGCAAUGCUCGAAGAGCUGAAGGAACGAAGCGACGGCGACAAGAAUGUAGAAAGGAGGCCAGCUUUCUCGUCUCGCCUGAUGCAUCGCCAGUAGCUUGCAAGGCUGACAGGCAGGACACGACAUAUGAGCCAGAUAACUCAACUUGUACUUUGGAAGCAACAUUUGCUGAUGAAGGUGACGAAGAUGAGAUGCAUGCUAAUCAGAAGGACUACUUCCUUGUCCACCGCACCUGCCUGGUCACGCUUCUGAAUCAGUGCCGCACUUGUUCGUCACCUUCAUGCACAGUGAACCUGUUUACACUGGUACACGCAUCACAGCAAGAACUGAAUGUCCACACGCACAUGUGCACACGUGGUCAAGCCAGCCACUUGUUGGAAACAAGCCGAGAGGCAACAUUGACCUGACAACCGCAGUGCUUUUUUCUGGCUCAAGUCCUACAAGUGCUCUCAGGAUGAUGCAGCUGAUGGAUGUACAAGUCAUGAGCGA